AUCUGUUCAUAAAAGUAUAAUGUGUUCCCCAGUACAGGCAUCGGACUCCAAGGCAGCCAUUACGACCGCUCAUCAAUCAAUUUGUCAAUGAGAGACUUUGCCAGCUCCACUGGUUCCAUUCCGACCAAUGCUGACUCUUCGCAUGACAUUCAAGCCGAUGACCAACGCUCCGCGCUCGCUGCGCAUCCAACGAUGGGCUGUAAAGAGCUGGGAAGGUUAGUAUUGUCUCAAAAGAGGCAAUGGAUAGAGUAGGAAGUGUAAAAAGCGGGAUUUACAUGUAGUGGUGCGGUCAGAAGGAGGCGCGAGACAUGCGCGGCGGCGCGCCGGGAACCAAUGACGUCAAGCGGAUCGAUCCGCGCGGUCCUCUGCGCAGUCCGCCAUUAGGCCCGCUGUCACCUGUGCACGUGCACGAUGAGCCUUACGUAAGCCUCCUCGAUGAACAUCCUGCCCAGGGCUCAUGUGCGGGCUAAGCUUUAGGACCAGGAACAGCCCUUCGCAGAAAACCUCCCUCCGAUGGGGCGACAGCUGCGCGCCUAGCAUGCCGCUAGCUUUAGUGAACAUUCGUUAAACGUGCACGGUGAUAGUGUUAUUUAGACGAUUAUAUUUUGGAUUCGUGUUUAUAUCCUAAAUAUGGGAGUGGAGUGUGUGUGAGGGAGGCUGCGACGAUCUCGCGAGACUUUAGUGACAAUCGGUUAACCAACAUCCAAGAUGAUCAACAUAGCGGGCGUGAUCUCCAUCAUCCUGUUCUACGUGCUGAUUCUGGCCGUGGGCAUCUGGGCGGGCCGCAAGAAACCGGCAGGCAAUGACUCGGAGGAGGAGGUUAUGUUGGCUGGCCGGUCCAUUGGGCUGUUCGUCGGCAUCUUUACUAUGACUGCGACAUGGGUGGGCGGAGGCUACAUCAAUGGGACAGCGGAGGCGAUCUACACAUCCGGACUUGUAUGGUGCCAGGCGCCUUUCGGAUAUGCCCUCUCACUGGUCUUCGGCGGCAUAUUUUUCGCAAACCCCAUGAGGAAGCAGGGCUACGUGACCAUGUUGGACCCGCUGCAGGACUCCUUCGGCAGCCGUAUGGGCGGCCUGCUGUUCCUACCAGCUCUGUGUGGAGAGGUGUUCUGGGCUGCUGGCAUCCUGGCUGCACUGGGCGCCACCCUCGCCGUAAUCAUCGACAUGGACCACCGCACGUCCGUCAUCUUCAGCGCGUGUGUUGCCGUCUUCUACACGCUCUUCGGCGGCCUCUACUCCGUCGCCUACACCGACGUCAUCCAGCUGUUCUGCAUCUUCAUCGGCCUGUGGAUGUGCAUCCCCUUCGCCUGGGCCAACGACUACGUCAAACCGCUGGGAAGCAUGGACGUGGACUGGAUAGGGCAUAUCGACAAGAAAUACUACUGGUUUUAUAUAGAUUACGGGCUGUUGCUGAUAUUUGGAGGGAUUCCGUGGCAGGUAUAUUUCCAACGCGUGCUGAGCAGUAAGACUGCGGGGCGAGCGCAGAUCCUCUCCUACGUGGCGGCCAUCGGUUGUAUCUUCAUGGCCAUCCCACCCGUGCUUAUUGGAGCCAUCGCCAAAGCUACAGCAUGGAACGAGACCGGCUUCAAGGGGGACCUGACAGCCGACGGCGAGCUGACGUCAGACCAGACGUCCAUGAUCUUACCUCUUGUCCUGCAGUACCUGACGCCGGACAUCGUGUCCUUCUUCGGACUGGGAGCCGUGUCGGCUGCUGUUAUGUCCUCGGCUGACUCUAGUGUGCUGAGUGCUUCUAGUAUGUUUGCCAGGAACGUGUACAAGCUGAUCUUCCGCCAAAGAGCAUCCGAAAUGGAGAUCAUCUGGGUGAUGCGCGUGAGCAUCCUGGUGGUCGGCUUCCUUUCCACGCUGAUGGCUCUGACCAUCCCCUCCAUCUACGGCUUGUGGUCGAUGUGCUCGGACUUGGUGUACGUGAUCCUCUUCCCGCAACUGCUCAUGGUGGUCCACUUCAAGAAGUACUGCAACACGUACGGCUCGCUGUCCGCGUACAUAGUGGCCCUCCUCGUGCGGCUGACGGGAGGCGAGAAGAUGCUGGGGCUGGCCCCGUUGAUUCACUACCCUGGCUGGGAUCCGGAGACUGAACAGCAGCUGUUCCCCUUCAGGACUAUGGCGAUGGUGAUGUCGCUGUUCACGUUGGCGUUCAUAUCCUGGCUGUCCGUGUACCUCUUCAACUCCGGCUACCUCAGCCCCGAAUCCGACUACUUCAACUGCGUAGUCAACAUCCCCGAGGACAUGGGCCGUGUGGACGAGCCGUCCGAGGCCGGCGAGCAGAUGUCCGUGCUCGGCGGCGUGCCGGGCCGGCUGUACGGGGCCGCGUCCACACUGGUCGGGCCAGACGAGCGUGCUGGACGCAUCAACCCCGCCUUGGAGCCUGAUGAUGACUUAGAUGACCCCAACGAUGGACCCACACCCCUGUUUGGUUCGAGCUCUGCCCCCCCGCCCGUUCAGCCGCUUGGCAAACAGACAGCUUUCUGAGACGAUACAUACUUCUACUAAAGAAGCACGGAUGGGCUGGCUAAAUGUGACUCUGCAACG